GCCGCCGCGCCCCGCGCCCGGUCCCUAUGGAGGCGCCGCUCGCCGGCGAGGCCGCCGACCAUGCCUAGGAGGGCCGGGAGCGGGCAGCUGCCGCUACCCCGGGGCUGGGAGGAGGCCAGGGACUACGACGGCAAGGUCUUCUACAUCGACCACAACACCAGGAGGACCAGCUGGAUCGACCCCCGGGACAGGUUAACGAAGCCCUUGUCAUUUGCUGAUUGUGUUGGGGAUGAGCUGCCGUGGGGAUGGGAAGCUGGGUUUGACCCACAAAUUGGCGUCUACUACAUCGAUCACGUCAACAAAACCACCCAGAUUGAAGAUCCACGAAAACAGUGGAGAGGGGAACAGGAGAAGAUGCUCAAGGACUACCUCUCGGUGGCUCAGGAUGCUCUCAGGACACAGAAAGAGCUUUACCACGUGAAGGAGCAAAGACUCGCAUUGGCCCUCGAUGAAUACGUACGAUUAAAUGAUGCCUACAAGGAAAAGUCAAGUUCCCACACAAGCCUAUUCUCAGGAUCUUCAUCCAGUACUAAAUAUGAUCCUGAUAUUUUAAAAGCAGAGAUCUCCACUACACGAUUAAGGGUUAAAAAGCUGAAGAGAGAACUCUCACAAAUGAAGCAAGAAUUGCUGUACAAAGAACAAGGCUUCGAGACGUUGCAACAAAUUGAUAAAAAAAUGUCUGGAGGCCAGAGUGGCUAUGAACUUAGUGAAGCCAAAGCCAUUCUAACUGAACUGAAAUCUAUCAGAAAGGCUAUUAGCUCAGGAGAAAAAGAAAAGCAAGAUCUGAUGCAGGAUUUUAUGUUUCCUGAACAGAGUCUUGCUAAGCUGCAGGAGAGGUUCCAUUUGGAUCAAAGCAUUGGCACGUCCGAGCCAGACUUGAGAUCCAGUCCUGUGAACUCCCAUUUAUCUCUCUCCAGACAGACCCUUGAUGCCGGGUCACAGACAAGCAUUUCCGGAGAUAUCGGAGUGAGAAGUAGAUCAAAUUUAGCUGAAAAGGUCAGGCUGAGCCUACAGUAUGAAGAAGCCAAAAGAAGCAUGGCCAACCUCAAGAUUGAACUGUCGAAACUAGACAGUGAGACCUGGCCCGGGGCGCUGGAUAUCGAGAAGGAGAAGCUGAUGCUGAUUAACGAGAAAGAAGAGCUUUUGAAAGAGCUUCAGUUUGUCACCCCGCAAAAACGCACUCAGGGCGAACUGGAGCGCCUGGAGGCCGAGAGGCAGCGGCUGGAGGAGGAGCUGCUGUCCGUGAGGGGUCCACCGAGCCGAGCGCUGGCAGAGAGAUUAAAAUUGGAAGAACGAAGGAAAGAGCUCCUACAGAAACUUGAAGAAACUACUAAAUUAACUACUUAUUUGCAUUCACAACUUAAAAGCCUCUCCGCCAGCACCCUGUCCAUGUCGUCGGGCAGCAGCCUGGGCUCCCUGGCCUCCAGCCGGGGGUCUCUGAACACUUCCAGCAGAGGGUCGCUCAGCUCCCUCAGUUCCGGAGAGCUCUAUUACACCAGCCAGGGCGACCAGGUGGACGCGGACUAUCAGAGUAAACUGGACCUCCUCCUGCAGGAGAAAGGCGGCUACAUUCCUUCUGGACCCAUCACCACCAUCCAUGAAAACGAAGUGGUCAAGUCCCCCAGCCAGCCUGGCCAGGGCGGUCCCUGUGGGGCGGCAGCCGCGGCCACAGGCCACACUCCCCCCCGGACUGAGGCCCCCAAGUCUGUGACGUCCCUGUCCUCACGGUCCUCCCUGUCCUCUCUGUCCCCUCCUGGCUCUCCCUUGGUUCUAGAAGGCACGUUCCCCAUGUCUUCUCAUGAUGUCCCUCUCCAUCGGUUCACUGCUGACUUCGAAGACUGUGAAUUGAGUAGUCAUUUUGCAGACAUCGGCCUCGGUGAAAAUCAGAUCUUGCUGGAUUCUAACUCGGGAGGAGGGUCCCAGUCCCUCUCAGAGGAUAAAGACCUCAGCGAAUGUGCCCGGGAGCCGUUAUAUGAAGGAAGUACAGAUGUGGAAAAAUCAUUACCAAAAAGAAGAGUAAUCCACUUGCUUGGGGAGAAGACAGCUUGUGUGUCGGCUGCCGUGUCUGAUGAGUCUGUGGCUGGAGACAGUGGGGUCUACGAGGCUUUCGUGAAACAGCCUAGUGAAGUUGAAGAUGUUCCCUACAGUGAAGGGGAUGUCACCAUCGUGGAGACUGCCCAGGUGCAGAUCGGACUCAGAUAUGAUGCAAAAAGGUCAAGUUUCAUGGUGAUUUUAGCACAGCUCCGAAAUCUUCAUGCCUUCUUGAUACCUCAUACUUCAAAAGUAUAUUUCAGGGUUGCUCUGCUUCCCUCCUCAACUGAUGUCAGCUGUCUGUUUCGAACAAAAGUCCAUCCAGCCACGGAAUCCAUCCUAUUCAGCGAUAUGUUCAGAGUGGCCAUUUCCCAAACAGCCUUACAGCAGAAGACGCUGAGAGUAGAUCUCUGCUCUGUUAGCAAACACCGAAGCGAAGAAUGCCUGGCUGGAACUCAGAUCAGUCUGGCUGAUUUACCAUUUUCCAACGAGAUUUUCACUCUGUGGUAUAACCUGCUUCCUUCUAAGCAAAUGUCUUGCAAAAAGAAUGAUGAAGAAAAUGAAGACUCUGUAUUUCAACCAAAUCAGCCAUUAGUAGAUUCUAUAGAUUUGGAUGCGGUGUCAGCCUUACUUGCAAGAACAUCAGCCGAGCUGCUGGCUGUGGAACAAGAAUUAGCACAGGAAGAAGAGGAAGAACCAGGGCAGGAAGAAGAGCAAAGAGGUCCAGAUGGAGAUUGGUUAACGAUGCUGCGAGAGGCCUCCGACGAAAUUGCGUCUGAAGAAGAGGCCGAGGUGAAGUCGCCGGAGGGCAGCAGCCGUCCGGGGGGCUGGUGCUCGAGCCCGAGCGCACCUGUCGGGCAGGAGGACGCGGGCAGGAGGGAAAGCCGCUGCGCGGAGGGCGGUGGCCGUCAGGCACCUGCGGGGCUGUGCACCCUGGUUGAUAAAGAGACAAACACGGAUGAGGCAGGGGAUGCCGGGGUGGCCGUGCGCCCCAAAGACCGCAGCGGCCUGAGCGCUCGGCAGCGCCCCUUCGUGCGGAGCAGCGUGAUCGUGCGCUCGCAGACCUUCUCCCCCGGGGAGCGGAACCAGUACAUCUGCCGGCUGAAUCGAAGUGACAGUGACAGUUCAACCCUGGCUAAAAAAUCACUGUUUGUGAGAAACUCCACUGAACGGCGCAGUUUGAGAGUCAAAAGGACGGUGUGCCAGCCAGUCCUGAGAAGAACAGCACCAGAACGCCCAGUGCGCACAUCUCUAGACCUAGAACUGGACCUUCAGGCGUCUCUCACCCGGCAGAGCCGCCUCAAUGACGAGCUGCAGGCCCUCAGGGGCUUGAGGCAAAAGCUGGAGGAGCUGAAAGCUCAGGGAGAGACUGAACUGCCGCCGGGUGUGCUAGAAGAUGAGAGAUUCCAGAAGCUCCUGAAACAAGCUGAGAAACAGGCUGAACAGUCCAAGGAAGAGCAGAAGCAAGGUCUGAAUGCGGAGAAGCUGAUGAGGCAGGUCUCCAAGGACGUGUGCCGGCUCCGGGAGCAGAGCCGGAAGGUGCCUCGGCAGGUGCAGUCCUUCAGGGAGAAGAUUGCCUACUUCACCAGGGCGAAGAUAAGCAUCCCGUCCCUGCCAGCUGAUGAUGUAUGAUUACGCCCCUAAAGAAAUUAUCCUGUCACCUGUUCACUUAGGGAGGGUACAAGACCGAACAUUUGUUUUGUUUUGUUUUGGCGGGGGGUGGGGGUGGGGGGUCAUUUUGUAACGUAACUGUCAACUCUUAAAGAGCUUUUGUUUCACAUCAGAUUUUCAACAUGUUAAUUUGUAAAGUACCUUGAAUGUAAUUCUUGUAUGUUUAAAAAAGAAAAAAAAAUCAGAUAACCAAAAUGGAAUAAUCUGGUACACAAAUGUCGUCCAGUACAUACAUAUUGCCAGUGGGCUGCGUUUUGUAAAAAUGGAAUAAAGGCAGCGCCCAGCGUAUAUCCUGUUGAACCAACUGUUGAGAAUUAACUCAGUGUAGCAGAAGGCGAUUUUGGCUUUUCCUUCAUUGUCUCAUGAGCAGACUGUGAGGAUGGCAACAGGCCAUGUGGUAUUUUUGUACCUGGGGGUGGGGGAUAGCUCUUUGAGUUUGAAGUCAAACGUGAGUACAGCUCCAAGUCCCCCUGAAACAAGGUGUUGCACUCACUCCUGUCACCUGUGUUGAAGCCCUUGUUUCCUUAAAACAAUUUCCUUUUUGUCCUUUUGUUAGUCGAAAGGAAACAAAAUGCUGAGUGAGAAUCUCAGAACACAGAGGAGCAGUGCUCCUGGCUGCCGUGAAGAUGUUGUGAUUUGUCACCUUAAGGGUAGGGAGAGGCAAGGAGAAAGCCAGGUACCCUAAACACACUCAGAUGGACUCGCCAGCGAGCACCUGCUGCCUCUAACACAACCUGGAUUUGUGUACGUGUUCAAAGGGGAGUUUCCGGCUGUGCUGCUGAGGUUCUGUCCGAGGUAGGAGCUGUAGGAGCGUGGCGCCCAGGACAGUGGCGCCCAGGACAGCCGGUCCCCUAGGGAGAGACUGCGCCAGCCGUGUGGAGGGAAAUGCACUCCUUCGGUGAAAGAGGAAUCUUGAUUGAAUCAAAGUUGCCAAAAAAAAUUUUUUUUAGACUUUAUUAAACAGACUUCUAACAUUUACUAGAAAUUAUUUUGCAGCUCUCAUUUUUAGGGGAUCCUAUCUGUAAUUUGUGGUAAGGAGGCCAAGAGAAGAGUGUGCCUGGGGAGAUUACUCACUGGAAGUAAAGGCCAAGACAUUUGUUUCUGAAAACAAUUAUAGAUGAACUAAUGGAGAGAGAGAAACUGAGUCAAGUGUCCUCCUAUGUAGAAUUUUAGCCUAUCCAACCCAGGCCCGGCUUAAAUCCGCAGUGUAGCUCUGCCAGUGUAAAGGCUUUUAAAAUAAAAAGUAUUUAUGCAAUUUAAAUCAUCCUUAUCAUUCAGUUAUAGUGGAAGAGGCAAUUUUUGGUUAGCCGUCUUAUAUAACAAAUUAAAUCUUUUUUUUUUUUUUUUAGAAAUGCAAAAAUCAUCUUAAAGGAAUGGACCCCUUAGGAAAAAAAAUGAUAAAUUCUAUUUCUAAGAUAGAAUCCCUGGCAAGAAUUUUUAGUUUCUUGAAAGUAAUUAUACAUAUUUUGGAAAGUUCAUUUUAUCAGAAUGCAAAUUCAAAUUAGGUAAUUUCUGAGCCUAGAACUUUAAUUGUUUUUUUUCCUCGGCUGUCCCACCACUUAUAUCUAAAUGUCUUUGAAGCUGUAACCGGAGGUGACACUACUUUGAACAAAACUAAGCCUCAUGAAUUGGCUGCACGCAGUCCUUCAAGGCUGCGCGGUUCAUCCUAUCAGAUGACUAAGGAAAACUAGAAAGAGAAGACCAUUCAUCCUUGUCAAGGUCAAAUGUGAAAGACAGAGGUUUAUUUAAUGUAGAGCUAAAAUAAAUGAAGGUCAGCUGUGUUCAGCGUCUUAGUUUGACCGUGAAAAUGUUUAUAGAAUUAUGUGUAGUUGUACCGUACGAUUUUAUUUUCUUCAUUUAUUUAUUUACGGUCUUAUUUAUGUUCUGUUUAAUAUAUAGUUCGGUUCUGGCCAUUUUAAAUGUUUGACAUAGAAGAGGCUAUAUCAGAAUAUUUACACCUUUAUAAGUCUUCAUCAGAUUAGCUGUUAACUUUUUGUGAUACAAAAAGUUCCAGACAAGUAUAAAAGAAUAAAAUCUGUCUCAGGCUGGUAGUUAACAGUUGUGACCAAGAUGUUUUUGGUUUUAUUUUACAAAAUGUGCUCAUUUCUAACACGAGAAACGAACUUAUUUUAAUAUAAUCCUUCUCCACACUUUAAAAAUCAGCAAUGGUGUUAUGUAUUUAUAGGCAGCUUUUAACAAUUCUAUCAUAUUUGUACUAACCCAGAUGAUUCACAGUGACAAAACAUUUUAAUAACUUGAUCACAAAACCAUAUGAACCAUAUGAAUUUUAAUAUUAUAAAUACUAUUUUUUAAAGGUAGAAUCUAUUCUGCACAGGGUAAAAAGAAUGUAAUAUUUAGUUCUCAAGUCUGAAUUAUCAGUAUGUUAUUAUAAUUUUGUAUAUCAGAAUCUAAGUUACAGGUACAAAAAAAAAAAAUAUUGCUAGCCAAAUGAACAAAGUUUAGCUGAAUCUCUGUAGCAUGCAAAUCAAAUUUAAAAUCUUUUUUUUGUUUUUUUUUUUGCUAUUACUUUAUAUUGUAUUAAAUAUCGAAAGCUCAGGACUGAACUAAAUAUUUAAUCAGGUUAAAUUCUGAAUAUGUUUCUGUUUUAAUUUGUCUCGUCUGUAAAAGUAUGCAAAUACAUCACAUAGAUUAACUUUGGUUUCUGCACUUUUCCUCUGUUUGUGGGUGGAAGAAAGUUCAGUGUUUCUUGUUCUUUGUUUUUUGUUUUUUUUAAAACAAAGAUGCAUAUUGCCUCAUAA